AUGAUACACUUGGGUGACGGCCGGACACACGCCAGCAGUACGACCUCAGCAACAGAUGAGGUGAUGUCAACACCACCGGCCUGUCAUAUGCAGAACAGGAAGAAAAGACGCGGUAUGAUUGAAAAACGCCGAAGAGAUCGCAUAAACAAUUCGUUGCUUGAGUUAAGACGUUUGGUUCCGGCGGCCUUUGAAAAACAGGGAUCAACUAAACUAGAAAAGGCAGAGAUCUUGCAGAUGACUGUCGACCACUUGAGGACACUUCACUCCAAAGGUUUCGACACUUUCUCAUUUGAUCCACAAAAGUUUGCAACUGAUUACCACAGCAUUGGUUUCCGUGAGUGUACUGCAGAGGUAUCCCGUUAUUUAGUGGCUGCCGAAGGACUUGAUCUUCAGGAUCCUCUCCGACUAAGACUAAUGAGUCAUUUGCAGUGCUAUUCGGCUCAAAGGGAACUGUCAUUAAAGUCCAGUGCUUCGACCAGUGGUUGGAAUCCCAGUGCUUUCACGACUCCUACUUAUCCAUCGUUACCAUCAGUUCAUAGUUCUGGUAUGUCAUCAUUGAGUUCAUUAUCAAGUGAAUCGAUGCCAUUGCACGGCACGACCGCCGUCUCGGGUCAGUACGCACCCAAUGGCACACACUUUCAUCAGCCAUUGACUGACCCAUCAAUGAGUGGACAACAGAUGAUGUCACACUCGUCGACAGUUCACAAAACAUGUGUAUCUCCACCUCCCAUAUCUUCAUCGAUGCCAAUCGGAUACCAUCCGACUACUAGUGCCUCAUCGAUGGCACCCAUGAACUCGUCAAACACUCACAAUCUACACAAUCCAUACUUUUCUAGUGCUUACAUGAGUGCCUCGACAUCAAACAAUAGUGGACUUAUGUCUCAACACAACCCAUCCAUCAGACACUACAGGCCCUGGGGUGCAGAACUGGCCUUUUAA